AUGUUUCUCGCCAAUCUCCACGAAUAUCAACCCCAAGACUUCUACAUCCCAUACCGGAUAGGAAGCUCAAACCCAGCGCCGCCAAUGCUCAACUUCCUCAGCAUGGCACCUUAUCGCCAAGAGCAGCACAUCAUGCCCGCUCAGAACCCUGCCAGCAACAGCGAGGUCAUACAAGCCCUAGAGAUCGCCCGGGAGAGCCCGGACGGGGCUAAAGACCCCAUUGUCAGCAGCAUCCUGGAGAAGGCCCUGUCGCAGAUCUGGGAAAGAGUCCAGGCGCACCCCGACAGCUAUGUCAUGUCUCGCGAUGAGUUUGCCGUCUUCAACUUCUUCCAACACCGCUUCCAGGGCAACAAGAUGGCCACCGCCGCUCGCAGUCGGUACUGGGACAACACCACUGGCAGCUCAUGA